GCAGCGUCCCGUAGCUCUUACCCUGCACCCGGGGAGUUUGUUUCUCCGAGGGCUGGAUAGCCUCCCAAGCCGUAGUAAACAGAACUGGGUGGAUGUGUGUGGCAGGCGGUCCUCCGAGCCCCAGUAAACAGAGUGUGUGUGGGCGGGGGGGGGGGUGGUGUUCAGUCAUCCUGCCAGCCAGAUUCUCGCGGGAAGCCUGUGUGGACCUGCUUCCGCCAUUGAAGAGCGGGACCAUGGAAAGCAAGCCGUUGGUGAUAUCGAAACAGAAGACGGAAGUGGUGUGCGGAGUCCCCACGCAGGUGGUCUGCACAGCCUUCAGCAGCCACAUCUUGGUGGUGGUGACCCAGUUCGGGAAGAUGGGUACCUUGGUCUCCCUGGAGCCCUGCAACGUGGCCAACGACAUCAGCAAGCCGGUGCUCACCACAAAAGUCCUUCUUGGGCAGGAUGAGCCUCUCAUCCAUGUCUUUGCAAAGAACUUGGUAGCAUUUGUGUCUCAAGAAGCUGGAAACAGAGCAGUCCUCCUUGCCAUGGCAGUGAAGGACAAGAGCAUGGAGGGGUUGAAGGCCUUGAAGGAGGUGAUCCGGGUGUGCCAGGUGUGGUGACCUGGAGUCAGCAGCACACGCCACUCAGCAAGACCAGCUGGACACUCAGUCCCUUCGUGGGGUCUCAGAGACCAGUCGUUUGGCACAGUCAAAAGGAAGAGCUUUCUUGGACUGUUGCCACAAAAAAAUAUUCGUGUCUUCAGGCAGACCUUUGCUGUUUGUGACUGUAUCACGGUGGGUGACAAAAACAGUAGGGACACUGGAAAUGGUUCUCACUGGGCUCCGAUCCUUGCAUCUACUUGGGAAUGGACAGUCCGAGUCAGCUGGCAUGACUCAUGGCCCUCAGUGGGCAGUGUCCCUUUUAGGAGGAGGGUUUUUUUAUUAAAAAUAAAUAUAGUGUGAUGCUUCA